GGAGGAGGAGGAAGAUUGGGUGGGGGGGUGGGGGGGCAAGAAGAUGUAGAAGAGAGGAGUGCUGAUCUAAAAGAGGUGGGGGGUUCAUCACUAUGAGCAAGAAGAAGAGGAGGAGGAGGAGGAGGAGGAGGAGAGAGGGAAAGGGAGGGGUUUAAAGGGUAGGCGUGCAGUCAUUGUCAGGCUGCGUGUAAGAGAGAGGGAGAGAGAGAGAGAGAGGUGUGCCCAGGCAGAGCGACUGAAGAGCGAGUGUGUGCAAACUGGGAUGAGUAAAUGCACCCGGCGACUUAGCUGUUGAUACAGCCAGAGAGAAAGAGAGAGAGAGAGAGAGUGUGUGUGCACGAAAGCGAGCGAGAGAGAGAGUGCGCGAGAGAGAGCGAGAGAGGGUGAGAGAAGAGAAGAAGUGAAAGGGAGGAAAAAGGGAAGAAAGAAGCAGAGAAGAGAAAGGGAGGAUACAACAACUACAACUAUGCUGUGCUGCAUAAGAAGAACCAAACCGGUAACAAGCUGCUUCAUUUCUCUCUUCUUCUUCUUCUUCUUCUUCUUCUUCUUCUUCUUCAUUUCUUAAUGUGACUAAAUGAUGCUGUGAACUCUGAACUUUGUCCCUCCUGCUGAUUAAUCUGUUUGAGGAGGGAUUAGAGGAGAUGUUGCUGUCAUUUGCUCUGACUCUGGGCCUGGCUUUUCUUUCUACAAGUCUAUCCUCAGAGCCCAGACACGCCUAGUUAAUGUGAUUAUCCCGCAUGAAUGGAUGUUGCCACAAUGCCUCUCAGACCUCACACUGUACUGGGAGGAAACCAGACUGUAACUGGAUCUGGGGGACUUGUGCAUGCCCUCAUAUUGAUCAUGCACUUAAAAAGUGACAGUUUAUUGGAAGGCACUUGGAAGACUCUGUGUUUUCCCGGGUUUUUUGAAGCUAAAGGGCUCCCCCCUCUUCUCUAAAGUCAGAAUAAUUCAGUAAUGAUUUAUAAUAACGGGACAAACACAGCUGCCCUUUUACGGAGGGGUCUUUCUCUUGAUUUCUUGCUGUCUUGUGCAGAAUUGGGUGACACAGGAAAGUAAAUUUCCACAGAGAGGAGAAAAAAAAAGGGCGGGGUACAGAUUGAGUGAGCAGCACCAUCAUGUCAGUGGCCUCUGGGGAGUACAAUGGGAAUAAAUGAGCCUAAAUGGAUUAUCAUAGCCCUCCAGCUUUAUAAGUGGAUGCUGUCAAUUGAGGGUACUAUGAAGUGUGCACUUGUUUAAAGGGUGUGAAAGGGUGGUGUCGGCGGCAGAGAAAUCCAAAAAAAAAAAAAAAAGAGAAGGUGUUGCAUGGAAGCGGGUGGGUCUGGACGGCGGAGUGAGAGGGGUGGACCUCUAUCAGCUGCUAUGGUGGUGGUUCGUGUGUGAUCAGAGACUUUCUGCUUUUAUCUUCAGCUGAUUAUGAUUUUUAUCAGAUUCCUAUCACUUCAGAUUUUGACGACAUCAGUCUGCUUCAAAAAUGUUGCCUUGCAUGAGUCAUAUGAGCUCUGGCAGGCAGGAGGGAGGAAACGAAAGCAUGAGCAUGCCAGUUUGAAGAGAUGGGUGCAAGCAGCAGGGUGGAGUGAAGCAAGUGCACAUGGAGGUAGAUGAGGGAAGAUGCAGGAGGAGGUAUGUGGCGAGGAGGAAAAACCAGGAGAGCGGCUGCAAGGAUUGGGGGAAGGUAGGGAGAGGCAGAGCAGAAAGAGAAGGGAGGAACAAAACUGGAUGGCAGCUCCAACCGGCAGGAUCUGAGUAGGUGACAGAGAGCCAGAGAUGAAGGGAGGAGCGGCUGAGCAACCGUAAAGGUGAGGAAUCAAAGGAAAGGAAGACAGCAUGCUGCACACUGCAGCCAUGUGGGUGAGGCACCGGCUUCUCCCACCGAACACUCUCGCUGUUGUGUGUGAGCAAAGAAAAUCCUCCAGGCCUCAGCGGUUUCCCUCCUGAACAGAAGCAGAAAUGAAUCCAGACAGACUCUGAGGUCUUCACCAGCAAACACAGAGCUUCUUUCUCUGCUGUUAACAAAGGAAACCUGCUGCAGGUGGUCCUGCCAUUGUGAGGUGUUCAGAAAUGUUGCAACAUCUUCACUUUGGGAGUGGCUACCAGCACUUCAUUAAGAGCUCCUCAAGUAGCCCCUGCCUGCCUGCAGCUUUAGCUUUAGUUUUAUGCAGCUUUAAAGAAAAUCACUCCAAAUAAGACACCUCUUCUUCAUGUCAGGGUUUGAAGCAGAGGUUCAGGUCUUUAACACAACUCCUCCUGUAAACCAGAGCUUCCCAAAGAUGCUAUUUCCCUCCAAAACCAGGACUUUGAAUGCCUACAAGUUCUCCUUACUGCGUUGUCUCAGCUAGCUUCAAUCUUCUGGACUAGACACCAACAUUUAACCCAAGUCUGAUCCCAAAAGUCCACUCCCUUUCUCAAAAAUUGGCACUUCAAGCCCACCUUCAAACCAGAGCACCAUCCCAAUCAGACCCUCGGUCAGCCCUGCAGCUACAGUCCUGCUGCUCCUCCACACUUCCACAUGCCCUGCCUCAUCCCAGCCCGUCCCCCUUAUGAGAUCAGUGGCGAUAGCAGAGCCUUUGUUCAGGCAGAGAGUCGGAGUAAUUAAAUUAAAGGCAGCUCCAGAGGAUGUAAUAACGCCGGCAUACGGCUGCUUAUUAUUUGCUGCACAACGCCUCUUUUUUCCUAGCUGUCAUAAAAGACACAGUUCAUCUUUUAACAUCGCUCAUCAAUUCACUGUCAAAGAAGAGAGAGAUAGAGGGAGAGAGAGAGUAAGAGAAGGAGGGAGGGAUGGUGAAGCAGGGGCUGUGGCAGUCACCACCUGAGCCCCCCUCUCCUCUUCUGCAGGAGAUAGCCAGCUAAAAGGGUGUGGUGCUCCGCUAUGCCUGUACGUGUAUGUAUGUGUGCGAGAGAGAGAGAAUGAGUGGGUAGCAGUUUGCUUAGCGAGGGGGAGAGAGAGAAAGACGACAGACAGAGAGAGAGAGAGGAAGAAAAGAGAGCGAGGUUUAGCAGAAGCAGACAGCAGCCAGUCUUUGGUGUCUGGAUGAUUUCUGCAGAAUUGCAGACAGACGCUGGAAUAAAGCCGGGAUUUUCAGGAGGGAGGAAGUAUGUGUGUCACCAGCAGGGUGGCUAAUAGCAUCUCUGUGAAUGCUUGGAAACUGUGGUGACAAAUGUCUGGAGAGUUUGCAUUUCAUUCUGGCUGCAUUACUCUUACAAAACUGAAUACAUGCAUAUAUGUGCUCAAUUGUGCAGGUGCACCUGUUAAUGUGUUUCUGCAAGGUAAAACUCCAUCAAUGCACAUAAUACCUUGGCUAUUUCCUUCCUGCUGCUCUAAUUUAGAAGAGGGCGGAGCGGCUCUUGUGCUUGAAUGGACCAGAUUAAUUUAAAAAAAAAAGAAAAGAAAAAAAAAACACAAGAAAAAGUGUGUUUUCAUGCAUGCCUGGUGUGUGCAUUAACGUUGACUGUAGCUCUGUAGUAAUUCAACCACUAUAAACCCCCCUCCUCCUCCUGGAACAUGUCCCUAAUGGCCCCGGCUUUGAGGCAAGGUGGUAGAUUGUAACAGUGUGUCACCAUUGGGGGAUGGUGUGUGUGUGUGUGUGUGUGUGUGUGUGUGUGUGGUUAUGGAUCGGCUGGUGAAGCCAUUCACUCUCGGGUGUGGUUCUCACGACGGCCGGUUGCCCACCCAAGGACAGAGUGAGACGCAAAGCUGCAGCUGACAGAACCGUCAACACUCAGAUAUGAAAUCAGUCAUUUAUCUGCAGAAGAGAAAGAGGUGUUUUUCUUUUUUGUUCAGAUAAAUCAACCUGAGAGCUUUGGCACAUUUAGAUUUGGAGCAGAAAGAUGACAGAUUAUCUCUCACCUUUGCAGAGGGAGCUUCCUGCAACAGGCAUUUUAACGUCGCCUCUCUCCUCUUUGGUUUUAUAAUUGUAGAAGGAUUGCAUAAUACUGCUUUCAAAUCAUGCCUGAAAAGCACUUUUCUAUUGCAAACAUCCCACUUUUUGCUGGAUAACAAACAAUUUUUGUGAAGUGGUGCAUCCAUGGCAACCGAGCACCAAGAGGAAACACUGCAGGCUUAUUGUAAUAAGUAAUCUCGUUAUUCUAACAGUGCAAAUAUGUUGUCUCUCUGUGAGUUAAUUAAGCAGGAGCUGAAAUAGUGGUGUAGAUUUAAAGUGGGUGUACCUUUUACCACGGGGAGGUGCCGCCGUAUUUAUGAAUGAAAAUGUGUGCUGCACAGCCACAGAGUGGAAAAGUGCCUGCAGGAGGGUACGUGACCAGGGUUCACUGAGCAGUCAGAGCCUUUAGGAGGACAUUCCUGCAGGAUUUAGAGCAAUGGUUCUGCUUAAAUAAUAACGCAUCUGAACUGAGUUAAUGUCCCAGUCUGUAAGAAUCACCACACUGUGUUUGCGCAGUCAAAUAAGUUUAAAGUGAGGGAUCAGAGAGUGAACGUUUGGCUCAUUCAGAGAGUCAGGAAUCACAGCACAGCACUUUUCAGGAGGAUGCACAGACAAAUAUCAAUAAUUCAAAUCCUCAUGCUUCAAUUGUGGUCAAACCAAACAAGAUGGUGAUCUGUCCUCCUGCCGUCUUACUCUGAUAUGAGAUCACUCAACUCUCUGCUGGUAUUUUAUUACUCACUCUCACACACACACACACACACACACACACACACACACACACACACACACACACACACACACACACACACACACACACACACACACACACACACACACACAGCUCUCUAAAGUAAAUGACAUCCCCUCUCUUCCAAUAAUGAUGUCAUACCCUCAUAUUCCCAAACACUCUCAUCCAUGGCUUUCUUUCUUCUCUGGCUCUGUCUGACUCAUUGUGUUCAGCCAGUAAGUAAUUCUAUUAAGAGUUAAGUGCUUGGGUCAAAUUUUUGGCAGCUGUAAGCACCCAUGAGAUCAGAAACAAUAAAAGCCUGAUAAGUCACCCUGGAAAUGCAUAUUAUUAAGAGCAGAGGGUGUGGCGGUGCUGCUUUCUUUGUCUGUCUCUGUGUUGGAUGAGGACACCGGCAAAACUAAUUCCUCUACUUAAUCACAAACUUUUAAUUAGACUUUGGUUUCUGAGCAUUUCUCUAAAUCCAAAAUAUAACUGCAUGUGAAUGUAUUAACAAAAUACUCACUUCAGUUUGUCUAUCAACUCAAAAUCAAAAUCAACAGAAGUUAUCAGUGAAAAACCUGUUGAACAUCACAUGAUCCACCCUCCAUAGCAGAUUUAAUCGAACUGUAGACUGUAUUAUCUUCCUCACGUUGUCUGUGAUAUGAUCUUACCAUAUCAGACUAGGGUUUGGACCCUUUUUUAGUCCCAGGAGCCCAAAUGUUCCUGGUGAUACUCCAAAAUUGCUCUGCAUGGCAUCAUUCAUGUGGAAGCUCUUGGAGUCACAUUUCUCCUGCGGAUAUAUCAGUGUGUCAAGUUAAAUUUAUGUGAGCUUUAUAAAAAGUGCAGGUUCAUUCAUACUUUCAUAAUUAUUGGUUAAAAACAUUUGUUGAGAACAGUUCUCACCUAAAUGCCCCCCAAAAGUGGUACCUGCCCUUUAAGAGAAGCAGAGAGAAGGAGAUGCUGUAUGUUUAAACUAGAUCUGCUUGUGUUAUGAAAAGAUGCAAAAAAGAACUGAAGAUGGAUAUAUUCUGGUUCAUUUUAGGGAUGCAAUUUAAAUAACACAUCAUGAAAUGCUUUUCAGGUCAGUGCAGAUACUGUCUUCUCCCUCUGCAUUCCUGCAGAGUGGAGGUCAUGUAAAAUGACUGCAUGAAAAGGAAACAAAUUAAACAUAAUUCAAAGGUUAAAGGUUUUAAAGGCAAGGUUUGUAGAGAAGCUCUCUUUGGGGUUUUACUUCACCCGCACCUGUGGUUUGUUCUAAUUCAGACUUUUUAGGAAAGGUUGGAGAGGAGAGAUACUUCAUUAAUCCAUUGAAAGAAAAUGCUCUGUUACAGUAAAGACACAUCAUCAAACUGAAAUAUCUCAAAAAAAUAAAAUAAAACAAAUAACAAAAAAAACUUGCUGUUCUCAGAAAAAGACAAAUGAAGAUACAAUAGGAAAAAUAUCCAAAGUGCAAAAGUGAAAAAUGUGCAUAAUCUGUCUAUGCAUAACUUUAGCAACGUACAAUUUGAAACCAACCAUUGAUGUAAAACUGAAGCUGCGGAUUUUCAAAAGAAACCUGUAUUACAGAAUAUGUUCUUAGAUGUCACGCUACAUCAAAGUGCCACAGGAAUAUGGUUUAUAUUAAGAAAUGCAUGAAGCCUGAGGCAGGAUUUACACCCUGAGCCCUGGGGAUGGCAUGUGAUGAAGGUGGAGGAGGUGAAUAUACCCACACAGCUGAGCCUUGGCCUCUGCGCUCCAAUAUUGGACUGACACACUGACCCUGAAGAAGACAUGUUGGUUUUAGAGCCUCUGGCUCUUAAAUCACGUCACACUGAUGUGAUUUCUCUCCAAGGCGGCUGUCCAGGUCUGCCUCGUAUCCAAUCAGACGACACUAUCAAAGACAGAAGGAAAGAGACGAGUGGAUAUGGUGUCUCUGAAAACCCUUUCUGCAGACAUUCACUGACCUUAAACAAGAUCCUCCUGCUCACUGACAUAUCCACGCAUGUAUAACCCCCACCAGCCCGGCGCCGCACCCAGCCGCUACAUCGCACGCAGCAGCCCCUCCUUAACCACGCUGAUUGCUCUGCCUGAUUUACGAUUUCCCAUUGGCCCACUCCCCUGUGGGUCAGGUGUGCUGCCAAUCAGGGUGACAUAUAGUCUUUCAUAGCUCCAACCAGCAGACAGCACAGUGAUGAGUUAGCACUCUGGUUGUCAAGGUAACCUUUGAUGGUUGGGAGGGGUAUGGUGGUGAAUGCUGAGGAGUUCUUCAGCAGGCAGCUCGUUCCCUAGCAGCCGAGAUGGAGCUGUAGAAAGAUACUGUACCCAGAGAAUAGAGGCUCAUUAUUUUAGAGAGACAGACUCCAUCUGAAGGCUCACAUUUCUCUGGUUACUGUUUGAAUGUGUCAGCAGAGGACGCCAUUCAGAAAUCCUUAAUUUCAGUAAUUAUUCAACAAAUCUAUUCCAACAGCAUUAUCAAGAGGACAAUAUCAGCCUCACGCCUGUACAACCACAUAAAUACACGCCUGGAGCUGUCUGUGGUUUCCAAAAAUCCUGCUGAAUUUAAUCCUCUAAGUGGAGACAAUCAACCUCCUCACACAUCUGUCAGCCUCCAAACAGAGAACCAGAACUACAAUGCUGCAAAAUCCUCUCUUUACAGCACAUGAAAUCAGAAAAGGCUGCUCAUUUAUUCUGUCAUCAGGCCAGUCAGUAGGUGGGUUUACACCAGCACUUUCAAAUUGUCAGUGUAUUUUCAUGCAUAGUUGCAGUAGGUGUCGAUGUUCCUUUUCAGCUCGUCACUAAUGGACUGUCUCCUGGUUUAUGUACCAAAGCAAUUGACAAACAGGAUGGAGAGCAUGCUCAGAACUCUAAGGCCAGAUUGAGUCUGAUUGAGGUGCAUAGAUAUAAGAGAAAAUCUAUCUAUGACCGUGUUAUGUAGAUUAGAGGGACCAUAUUUUGAUGACCAAAAACCAGGACAAAAAACAGGACUUGGCAAUGAGAUAUUUUAAAUCUUGGCCCAAUGAAAAACAAGAUGCAGUCAAGAUGCAGUCAGCAGUGGGCUGCACCCGCUCUGCAGAGGUUCAAACUCAGUCUGGUUUGAGAGUCAUUUCUGAUUGAAGAUGUGCACCAGCUUCUGUUUUUGGUGUUGCUCCAGCUGAGUUGAUUUUAACAUAAGAAUGAGUUGCAACUUAAAAUUCACUCAAAGCUCCCAGUCGGUGUGAAGUACAGUGGACUGUUGCACCGAGUAGUGUUCACACUAGCUAAAUUUUGUACUAACUUGUAGACUGCAAAGUCCAAACUAAACAAAACAUAAUCGCAGAUAUGACUUUCACAUUUCCAGUAGCCAAUCAGAGAAAAGCUUCCUUCUUCAAAGAGGGUCUGUUUUCAGCUCCUGUGAGGAAUUUAACUUUGUGUUGAUUUUGGUGCCCCCUGUGGACAAAAUAGUCUUUAUCCUGCCUUGUGUGUGCUCAAAUGGUGUCUGCUACCCCUUUGUAACCGUUUUAGUUGUUGAGAAUUACAGUAUAGAAUAAGUCUGUUGCAUCACUGAUGAUCUCUUUUGUUUUUGUAUGUCAUAAAAAGUACGAGUGGACCAGUGACCAACGAAAUCAAUCAAUUAAACAGUUUGAAACCUAUAGUUGGUGGGUCUUUAUUUCUGACUCUGGCUAAUCUAACCGUGGUAAACUGUUAACUCCUGUUUAUGAUGUUGAAAGUUUCAGUUUUGCUCAAACUUUCAGGGUUAGGGUCGGACCUCACUCUGUUUCGUGACUGCCAAAGAGUCCCUCACAGGAGGUUCAAGUGCUAAUAACCCAGAUGAUUGUGAGGUUAGGAUGUGAGAGGGUGACAGCCCCACUUCAUCAUGUUUUUGCACGAUCUAAAGCCAUUGGAGAGAAGUGACGAGUCUGUGCAAAAGUUUGAGUUAGAUUCUAAGUGUUAAUUUGGUUAUUCUAUUUCUAAUCUGAAGAGAAGUCGUCAUGUAAACCCACCUCAACCCUCUGCAGACAGAAACACUCAGAUUCAUUGACUCUCUGCAGCUUUUCACCUCUUUAUCAUCUGCUCACUGAUGCUGCACUGCAUGCCCUCUCUCUGACGGUUUCUGUUUGCUUCAUGUUGCUUAUUCACGUUCAUUUCAGGGGCACAUUUAAAGCGUCUGAUUGGUUGAGAUAAUGUUUUACCUUGAUUUGUUUGCUGUUCAGUUUGAAUGUACUGAUUCAUUUUGUUUGCUCAUCAUUCAUUCCUUUAUUUGAUUUGAUUUCUUUUCAUUAGAUUUUUAUGACUCAUUGCACACGCCACUAUUUGAUGGACAGCCUCUGUAUGGAUCCAGGUCCUGAAGGUAAAGCCACAGAGACACUUUUAAUCCUCUACUGUCCCACUCUUAACCCUGAACCUCAUCCAGUCCCACUUUUACAUCCAAACCAGUCUGCAAACCCCACUACCCUGACUUUUACCCCAAUGAUAACUCUCCUUUCUCUCUUAUAACAUUCAUAUUUACAUCUUCUGACCUUUCACUCCAUGAAGGACUGUUUCUAUCUUUGGUAGGACUCCAGUUUGAGUUUAAGUUUGCAAUAUUACACUUUUGGGGAUCAUCCUCAGACUGUAUCUGACAGGUUUCAGUGUUUAGUUGCAGCUCUAAUCUGUUUGCUGUGGAUCUGCUUGAUGGCGAUAUUAACUUGUUGUGUAAUUUUUUUGCUGCAAGGUGGAGAAGAACGAGGAUGCAGACCAGAAGAUUGAGCAGGAUGGCACCACCAACAAACCCGAGGACAAGGCCCACAAGGCUGCCACCAAAAUACAGGCCAGCUUCCGCGGACACAUAACCCGGAAAAAGAUGAAAGACGGAGAGGAGGAGAAGGAGGGCGACAGUCCUGCUGCUGCAGAGGAGGCGACAGAGGGAGGAGAGGAGGAGAAGAAAGCCGAGGGAGAGGAGGCACCUGCAAAGGAGGAAGAGGCUGCAGGAGAAGAAGCCAAGCAGGAGGAGGAGACGAGCCAAGCCAAAAGCCCGGUGGCAGAAAAGCCAGCUAACUCCCCUGCAGCUGCAGCCACGUCUCCUGUAGCGGCGGCACCUGCUGCUACCUCUCCUACAGCCGCCACAGCGCCCUCCGAGCCCCAGAAAGAGGAGCCAAAGGCGGAGGAGAAGGCAGAGGAGAAGCCCAAAGAGGUGGAGGCCCCUGCAGCGGCAGCCAAGAGUCCCACCACAGCCACAGCCGAGGAAAAGAAGGAGGAGGGGGAGAGUGAAGAGAAGAAGGAGGAGGAGGCCAGACAAGCCGAUGUGCCUGCUGCUGUCAGCCCGACAGCUGAGAAGGAGGAGCCUAACCAAACAAAAGAUAAACAAGGUAUGCAGAUUAUACUGAAGCUUUUAAUAUCCCUUUAUCAGAGUAGGACUCGUCAAAAUCCACAAAGUACGCCCACACAGGAGGAUCUCAAAAUCCCUGAAUCAAGACCUUCAGUGGAGCAAAUGUUUGAGAGGUCACUAAGUUCAGGAAAUAAUCCCAGACACAAUCUCCAAUCAGGGGCUAAUUACUGAGAGUCUAAACAAAGAGAAUAGGUAAGCUCUGCAGUCAUCUGCUUGGCAGGCACCUCAGGAAACAACUGCUCAUGGAGUCUCGGGAUUUAAAGAUAUUUGGCAAAGCUCCACUGUUCACUGGUUAACACAGAGACACAGCUCAAUAUUAGAUUAGACAGCUUAGAAUUGCUGCCUCUGCAAGAUGGAAACUCCAUACUGAUGAGGAGGAGAGGGAAACAGGACAGAUGAAGAUUAAAGGUGGUCAGGAGUAACCAAAACCAACGCAGGGAUAUUUCUAUACAACAGUCAGUAAGUUUACCUAUUGUUGAAGAUACACAGCUGUGAAGUUGUUCAUGGAGCCAUCAAGCGGUUGGGAUGUUUUUCUUGAAUUUUCACUCAUUUAAAAAAGAAGAACAUGGGGUCCAUUCACACCUGAUCAGACAGAAUAUGAAAGUAAGGAGAGUUUCCCCUGCUGAUGAUUGGAUACAGGAUAUAAGGAUUUCUCUAGCAUUUGUGGAUAAUCAGAAAAGAUCACAGUCAGUGGUGUACAUAGUUUAAAGUGCUCUGUGGAGCUAAUCACAAAAACGCAGGGAAUCGAGCCGGCGCUUAAAAAACAAUCAUGAAUUUAAAACAGUGUGCAAAAAUAAUUCAUGACAGUUUUAGAUAAGAAAAGCAGACUCGGUGCAAAAACCUUUAGCCUCUUGGUAACUUGUUUGUUGAUUGUUUUUGUAGCAUGCACGAGCGAUGUCUGCUGUGCUGAGUAAUCCUGCUCAGCAUGCAGCAAAUGCUUCCUUUUUUAUUUUUGUUGUGCGUGUCAACAAGUCUGAGCAUUUCGACCGCAGGAGAGACAGUCUAGAGAGUAGACUGCUUGCUUGUUUUUUGUGAAGGCAUAUUUUCACCAAAAUAGACCUUGUAUAAAGAAUAUUUGUGUCUGUCAUUGCAGAAAACUUCCCAGACAUGGAUAUACUAAAGAUGAGAGCGAUAUAUAUGAGAUUUAAGCUGGAAAUUUGUGUGAUCAACUCUCCUCAGUGAGCUCAGCUCCUAUUGUUUAAAAGUGUGGAAAAUUCUUCUUUCUUUGAGCCUUACUCUUUCCUUUUAGCCUCUGAUGAACCUGCAUGUAGAAAUAAGAUGUUUUUGUCUUUUUACAUGUGACCUGAUGAAAGUUUCUGACUCUAAAACUUACUUGGAUUAUGGAGAGCAGAACCAGUGCAGCCACUUUAACAUUAUCGCCUCAAAUAUGAUUUAAUUUAAGCAUAAAAAUUCAAAUUGAAUGCAAGAACGACAAAUAACAAGAAUAAAAGUCAAAGGAGAUAGCAGGUGGAGAUCAGGUGAACUUAUAAGAUCCAAAUAUAACAGAAUAUUUGUAAAUUUUGUCAAAUAUUUUGAGUAUUUACUGCCCGAAACAGCAGAAUCAGAAAGAGUUUUAAACAUCACAUCUAAUCACGGUGCAAAAGCUGAUCUGACAAGAAGCACGUUACUACGCUGACAGAGCGUACCAGUAACACACUGUCGACAUGAACUGGGAUUUCUGGUCCAUGGACUCUCAGACUGGGUCAGACAGGAAGUUAAUGGAGCGUGUUCAGCCUGAGGUAGGCGGGAGUGCGAGGUGGGGAACACACACACACCACAUGCACACACACGCCAACUGGAGAACUACAGGGAAACUAGGUCACCUAGGCAGCGCUGUCUCCCUGUUGUCAUAGUUACCACCUCGAUAGGAUAGCUGGCCUGCACAGAGCAGAGCAGAGAUAACAGGUGCUCUGAUUUCAAUGAAUGAUUAAUGAUCCUUACCGGUCACGAUCUGCACCGGGGACGUCUGUCACAAACACACAAACAUUACCUGACCAAGAGCCGCUAAUUAAGAACCCAGCGUGCUUUACCAACUGAACUGGAACAGGGAGAGUGAAUGCGUACCUCAAAGUUACCUGGUUAACGGCUGUGGGCACUCAGACUGGAGUCACAUGGACAAGGACGACAGGUACUCUGACUGGACUGAAUAAUAGAUGAGGCAGCCGGGGGUUGAUCCAGAUUCUCCACCGAGCGUACAGGGUGUGACUGAAUCCUUUUAGAUACAUCUGACAGAGGCGUGAAAUGCCAUAGCAUCAUAAUGCACAGUACAUAGUCACUUGCAUAAUGCAUGAUCACAUACCAUAACGUUUAAACAAACAGAAUGAAUAUCCAUUCAUGAAAUUAAGGCUCAGAUACCAGACCUCUGAAAUCAGACUAUUGACAAAGGCACUUUUAUUGAACCUCCCAGGAGAUGCAAAAAUAUAAAACUGAGCAGAAAAAUAAAUAAUAUAAAAAGCAGUUCCUCUAUUUGGUUUAAUGAUUAGGAAAUAGAAAAUGUAUCUCUGACAACAUUUGAUUUGUCAACAGAUAUUUUUUCCUGGAAAGACUAUCUAAACCCUUAGGCAGCCUGAGUUUGACUCUGACCUGCUGCUUCUUACUUACACCCAUUCACCCUUUUCAUGUUGCUGCAGACAGGGUCCCACCUCCAACCAAGAUUUAAUCCAAGCACAAUAUAUAUAUCCACGAGAUCCACUUGUUUUUCUGGAUCUUCAAAUUCCCGAAGUCUGUAUUAUCUACCCUUAGACUGUAUAUAGAAUGGACUCCAUCUGCCUCCUUGCUGGGUGAAGCCACUGCGAGAACAGCACCCUCUGGUGACGGCCUGCAGUAUAGGUCAUAUAUAAAUCCCGCCUCCUCCAGCAAUCUUUAUGGAGCUGUGGACAAACUUUAGAAAUUAAUUAAACAGAAUAUAAAUGUCUCUCCCCCAUGUUGACAUGUAGUUACUGUAAGACUGGUUUUUGCUCAAGUCCUAUUUUUUCUGUGAAACUCCAUUUUAAAAAGUUAUUAGAGGUUCAUGUUUUCUAUGAUACAGCCUAUGGGCAAACGAAGAUUGCUGUUUAAGCCAAGUGACAUCACAGCGACUCUCUUGCUGAAUGCGUACAACAUUACUGUGCAAGUGGUGGUUCCAGAAAGUGGAGAAAAUCCCGGAAAUACAGAGAGCAAUUGGGCUUCAAAUUAGUAUAUACAGUCUAUGGAUCUACCUCAAGUAGGCGGUGAGCCAUCUUACCGUGUCAGAGCAGGUUUGGAUUCUUCUUCUUUCUCUUUCUUCUUAGCUAAACUAAUUCGGUGUAGAUGUUCCCCAUGAAGGGAAUUCAGGCUCUUUUAGGUGAUCCAGAUCACUUGGCUCACCCUGUCAGCUCCACAGAAUCUUUACACAGAACCACAGGAGUAGUUCUUGUAUAAAUGAAACCUGAAUAUUACCAAGAGCAAAAACCAUACAGUACAAGACAUAUAUUACACUUACUAACACUUCAGUGAAGUUUGGAGCCUCCUGUGGACAAAGUGGUUACCUUGUCUACACUUCCUUUAUGUGGACCUGGGCCUGAGCAAGAGAGCUGUGUGUAGCCCAAAGUCUGAGUCGAUGACUGUCUAAUAUGACUCUGGUUCUGCUCAAGGUUUCUGCCUGUUAAAGGAAGUUAAAUGCUGCAAAAUGCUCUGAUUAGAGUCUCACCUCUUUAAAGACAAAUUAUAGUUAAGCAGCUUUAGGUAGCCAGAUUUCAUGUGGGGCCCAGGCCACCCAUUGCCACUUAACUUGACACUGCUAAUAAGGAGGUAAUUAAUAGCAAGUUGAUUACUUGGGUUAGCAAAAUCUGGAUACAGGAUGACCUCCCAAAUUUUGAGUUUAAUUUUCCUGUAUUCAUCUCAUGCACAAAAAUGCGUAAAAGAAAUGAAACCAGCACUCAGGCUGUUGUACCACCAGUGGAGGUAAUUGAGGUGAUGUUAAAGCUCCAGAAAUGAAAAGCGUUGGCACUUUAAAUUGGGUGAAAUUGCAUUUGCAUCACACUGUUCAGUGGCUUCAGAAACAGACAUCCUCCAGUCUGACACAGCAGCUAACGGGCCAGUUAUCUCUUACCUGGAGGACUCUGCUGCCGUGAGUCACACACAUUUAGUCCAAGCAAGCUCAACCCACCACUGUGUCCCUGACAGACACUCAAACAUGCACUCACCCCCUUACACAUGCACUCCUUCACCCUAAUCUCCAAUGCAAUGAUGUCAUUCUUUCAUGGCUCCUGUUUCUAUUAAAGGCGUAUGAGAUCAUCCUGUUAUGACUUCACUGCUCUGAGCCCACACGAAUAAAAGGUGUGGUCAGAAAUGAUGAAAUUAAACAUCUACAAUCCCAGGAGCUCAGAUGCUCCACCAGAAAAAAAACAUUUUUUUUUCAUCAUCCCUGCAAAUGAUUUACUUGAGUGUCUUUUUUCAGAGCACACUGUUUUUUCAUGGAUAGUUAUUCAGCAGUAUCUCCCUCCACUCUGGAUGUUAUUACAGCGCGGCACACUGAGGGCGUCAUACAGAAUCAAAUGUGACAAGCCGCUAUGGCGCUGUUAGCGUUGUGAUGUCAGUUCAAAUGCUUCAUGGGUCCAUUAGGAGCUCUCUCCUCUUUUAUUAUUCACACUGCCAGUGCUGGGUUUCAGGCUGCAGAUUGCACCUCCUGACUGACGUCCUCUCAGUCUUAGCAGAACUGACAUCCUGUGAACCUCACUGAGCUACAUAUCUCCGUCUGUGCGUGCUUUCCUCAGCCCAUACCGUCACAUUUUUCAUGAUUUCUUAAUGUUACAGUAUCUGACCAUUUUCUUAUUCUGCAGCUGUUGUCUGAAAUCUUCAGCCAGUGUUUGAUGGAACCCCGCCCUAAUUAUCUCCCUCUCUCCUCUCUCCGUCUUUUACCCAUCCUCUGUUUUAUUUUUGCUUCCCCUCCUCCUCCCCCUCCUCUCAGACGCUGUAGAAGAGUCUAAAGCAGAGGAGGCCGCCCCUGAGGAUGCAGCAGCGGAGGCCACCGAGUCCAAGGAUGACUAAGUCCAGUUCUCACCUAACGAAAGCAGAAAUAAAGAGUAUGAAGAAUAACACAAAAACAAAAAUCUAAAAUGGUUGCUCUUUGCCUUCCCCCACGAGAAGGCAGUCCGUUUCUAUUUGUUUGUCAUUUUUUGUGUGGCAAUGAUUUUCUCAUGUUGGGGGAGUUUCCAGCGUGAAGUUUUGUGGCUCAAGCUAAUGCUAUGAGGAAGUGAUGAUGAUGAUGUUGAUGAUGAUGAUGAUGAUGAUGAUAAUGUUGUGAUUAUGGAAAGAUUGUAACCUUGAGGAUGACGAUGAUGAGGAUGAGGAUGAUGUGCAGGAGGAAUUGGUUUGUUACAUCUUCACUAUCUAUUGUGAGUGGAUCAGUGUUGGAGUGCACGCUCCCAACUGGAUUUGGACACAUUUAAAAUGCAUUGUGAAUGCAGUGUCCUUUCUUUGCAUCAUAAUGCAGCUUCUUUAAACCCAUUUUGCAAAUUAAAUCUGUUAUUCUGCAAUUGCACGCACAAAAACAGGCUGGUUUUUAAAUGCAACCCUAGUUUUCAACACCAUACAAGCGUAUUGAAAACACAGCAGCUAGUUAAUGUACUGACAUGUCGUAUGGAGAAUAGAAUGUAUCAUUAGAUGUGUUUCCUUUCCAGUUGGGCAGCUCUAUCUUGAAUUCAAUUAUCACAUAUAUUACCAGACUAUUACUCUCUCUCUCUCUCUCUCUCUCUUUUCUGCUUGAGUUGUUCAAGCUGGGUUUACACUCCUUUUUCAAACUCUGUUUACUCACCCUUACAGUAAUGGACCUGUUGACAUUUUAAUGAUCAUAUUAUAAACUAUAGAAAUCCUCUAUAGUGAUUGUAUAACUGGCUCCUUCAUGAUGCUCUGCCAGCCCAACCUGAGAACAGUAGCAUGAACCAUCGAACCAGAUGCAUGAUGGGAACUCUCCCUCAGAGAGGAACUUUUUCGCAGUCACAAAAACUUAAGAGGUGUGGCGGCUUCUUUUUGAUGUGUUUGGUGUUGUUAUGACAGUUUAUAUGAAUUGGAAAAAAAUAUUCUUGCACUGAUGUUACAAAAAAUCGUAAAAAAGGUUAAAAACAAACAAAUGAGCAAACAAAAAAUACUUUUCCCAUGUUCCAGUGAGUGCAAUGUCCAGUUUCAACCUUAUCAAGGAGUUCAAACUUGUGAGAAAAAAUAUGAAAAAAUGAAAAUGGUUUCAAUGUCUGUUUUCAAAAUAAAGCAAAUGUGCCAAUUACCAUCAUAAACUGUGGAGUUUCUGUUUAGGGGGGCGGAUUGUCUUGUAAUUACUCCAGGACUCUAAGG